UGCGAACCGCAGACUAUCGCUCGCAGCAGGUCCGAUUAUCGUCGUCGACACGUCGUGCGUGCGGAAGCAAUACAGUGCAACGAGAAACGGAAGAAAGAACCGCGAAUGUCGCCACGUCGUUAUCCAUUCGGGGCCAGUCUCGCUAUUCGAGCCAAGCUCGAAUAAUUUCGCGAUGCUGUUUACCGAGGCAUAUCGCGUGCAUCUCACAGUAAUUCCUUUACCAUUCCUCUACACGUCCUCAAAUUUCUCUCGGUCAAUUAAUUAAACGCGUCAAGUGAACGGAGAGGCAAUAUGUUAUUGCAUUUCGUGCCAAGAUGGAAGAAACAGUGAAUGUCCAAAAAAAGUGGUCGACAACAAUCGACAAUAAUCGCACCGGCGAUAAACAUCUGCUGACCCGGAAGGAAGAUUAAAGCAAAGCGGAGUGACAAACAAACAUUUAGCAUUCAUUAUUUAAUAAUUCUGAACCGAAACACAAACUGUUAAACGCUUAAUGAAACAAUUCUUUGAACAAGAUUAGAGAGAGAGACUAGCGGUUGAUGAGUUCUUAGCUAAUGAGAAGCGAUUAAUACAACGUUAAUGAAAAAAACUAGGGCGGAGACACACAGAAAUCGAUCUCGGGAAGUGAUCAAAAGCUGUAUAGUAAGGGAAGAGUGACGAGAUAAAAGAAAUCGAUUGGGUGUCGCAUGAGACGUUUGACGAUGUCGAGGAGGUGCGAGAACGCGUCCCACGCGCCGGUUAAGGAUUCCGUUUUCGAGCUACGCACGCGGAUGGCCCGGAUGCUGUCCAUCGUGGAGAUUACCUCGCAGAGGAAUAAUCCGAUGGCGCGUCAGGAUGGCAGAGAUGCCGCGGAUCAAAACUUCGAUUACAUGUUCAAGCUGCUGAUAAUCGGCAACUCGUCCGUCGGCAAGACCUCCUUCCUCUUUCGAUACGCGGACGAUUCUUUUACUUCAGCUUUCGUGUCAACGGUAGGGAUCGACUUUAAGGUGAAGACCGUCUUCAGACACGACAAAAGGGUCAAGUUACAAAUCUGGGACACGGCGGGUCAGGAAAGAUACAGGACGAUCACGACGGCCUACUACAGAGGCGCGAUGGGUUUCAUCUUAAUGUACGACAUCACAAACGAGGAGUCCUUUAAUUCAGUCCAGGAUUGGGUCACGCAAAUAAAGAACUACUCGUGGGACAACGCCCAAGUGAUUCUCGUGGGCAACAAGUGCGACAUGGAAGAGGAAAGGGUGAUCAGCACCGAGAGGGGAAAACAGUUGGCGGAGCAGUUAGGGGUUCGAUUCUUCGAGACCUCGGCCAAAGAGAACAUCAACGUCAAGGCGGUGUUCGAGCAGCUGGUGGACAUAAUAUGCGACAAGAUGAGCGAAUCUCUGGACAAUGAUCCGAGCCUGAUGGGGUCGGGCGGUAUGGGUCAGACUAAGGGCCAGCGACUCACCGAUCAGCCGACCAAUCCAGCGAACGCUAACUGUAAUUGCUAAAAAAAUGCGACAACACGCAGAAAAGGGGGGGGGGGAGAAAAAACCGAGAGAUCGUAUUUUGUGCGUGUGUCUGCGCGCAUGUGUGCACGUGUGUGUUAACGUGUGUUAGAAAAAGGGAAAGAGGAGAGAGAGAGAGAGAGAGAGAAAGAAAGAGAGCAGGAGAAAGUGUCGUGUGCGACGCUGGUGUGUUAACUAGUCCACUUACUUCGUCGCUCCCUCUCGUUAUGUUAUUUAUUUCAAAAAAACUCGUCUUUCGUU